UCUCCCCUUUUCUUUUAGCGGGUGCAUCACAUACAAACUGGCCAUGACGGUAUCCGACGACGAUUUUCAAGACGAUGAUUACAACUCGCCGUACGAAUCCAACGAUUCUGGUGACGAAUCUGAUAACUAUAUGCCGGAUGAACCCCCCAAGAAGGUGCGAAAAGUAGCUCAACCCAAGAAGCGCGCUACCAAAGCGACGGCAUCGAUCGCUAGCCCCGAUGCCACCAUAACGGAGAGCCCCAAACCUCCAGCCAAACGAAAGUCGCCCGCAAAGAAGAACUCCGCCAGUCCUGCUGUUUCGGAACCAGAUACAACCAUGACGGACGCGCCUACCCCAAGAUCCACUGCUUCGACGAAAGGCGAUUAUGAUCAGCGAACCAUUGAAGAGAUCUAUCAAAAGAAAACUCAGUUGGAGCACAUUCUUUUGCGUCCAGAUACUUAUAUUGGAUCCACCGAAGCCGAAGAGCUGGAAAUGUGGGUCUUUGAUUCGGAAGAAGACGCCAUCAAGAAGAAAAAAAUCAGAUACGUUCCCGGUCUUUAUAAAAUUGUGGAUGAAAUUCUGGUCAAUGCGGCCGAUAACAAAAUUCGCGAUCCGUCCAUGAACCAGAUCAAGGUGAUCAUCGAUCGGUCACAAAAUCUAAUCUCGAUUCAGAAUAAUGGCCGUGGUAUUCCAAUUGAUGUCCACAAGGAUGAACAAGUUUACGUACCCGAAUUGAUUUUUGGUCACUUGUUGACCUCGUCCAACUACAACGACAACGAAAAGAAAGUCACCGGUGGGCGUAACGGUUAUGGUGCGAAGCUGUGCAAUAUCUUCAGUACCGAAUUCACUGUCGAGACGGCUGAUAAAGAGCGACAACUCAAGUAUCGCCAGGUUUUCCGAAACAAUAUGUCGAUCAAGGGCGAACCCAAGGUGACUUCCAACUCUCGAGGCGAAGAGUACACCCGUAUUUCCUUCAAGCCCGAUUUAUCGAAAUUCGGCAUGUCAGAAAUGGAUGAGGAUUUCGAAGCCUUAAUCAAGAAACGUGUGUAUGAUUUAGCGGGCUGUGUGAAUGGCGUCAACGUGUACCUGAAUGGCACAAAGAUUCCAGUCAAGGGAUUCUUGAAAUACACCGAAUUAUACACUAAAUCAAUGGAUAUUCGUAAUGCCGAGGGUAAGAAGCCCAUCAUUCAUGAUACGCAAUCCAGCAAUUCGAGAUGGCAAGUCAGCUUCGCCGUUAGUGACGGUCAGUUCAAUCAGAUCAGUUUCGUCAACAGUAUUUGUACCGCCAAAGGUGGUACGCAUGUCAACUAUAUUGCGGAUCAAAUUGUCAAGGCCAUCACCCCUAUUGUUCAGAAGAAGAGCGGCAGUAAAACGAUUCGUCCUUUCCAAAUCAAGAAUCACAUGUGCAUCUUCUUGAACUGUCUGAUCGAGAAUCCUUCGUUUGAUUCUCAAACCAAGGAAAACAUGACCCUUCGUCCCAGUUCAUUUGGUUCCACCUAUACGUUGAGUGAUAAAUUCAUCAAAGACAUUUCUACUUCGGGUCUCAUCGACAACAUCGUCAAGUGGGUCAAGUUCAAGGAAGAAGAACAAAUGUCCAAAGCGGACAGUGGCAAAAUGACAAGACGCUUGAGAAUUCCCAAAUUGGAAGACGCCAACUGGGCUGGUGUGAAACCCAAGAAUAAGAAUUGUACCUUGAUCUUGACGGAAGGUGACUCUGCCAAGACGCUGGUGCUGAGUGGUUUAUCGGUUGUGGGUCGUGAUGAAUACGGUGUAUUCCCUCUUCGUGGCAAACUUUUGAAUGUGCGCGAUUGUCCCAAUGCUCAAAUCAUGAGCAAUGCAGAAAUCACCAAUAUCAAAGCUAUUCUUGGCUUGAAACACGGCAAGACUUACACUUCGGUGGAUGAUCUCCGUUACGGCAAACUGAUGAUCAUGACAGAUCAGGAUCACGACGGAUCGCAUAUUAAAGGUCUCUUGAUCAAUUUCAUUGAUCAAAUGUUCCCAUCGCUUCUUGAUAUUCCGGGUUUCUUGCUCGAAUUUAUUACGCCUAUUAUCAGAUGUCGACAUAAGAGAACCAAACAAGACAUCACGUUCUUUACUAUUCCCGAGUAUAUAACGUGGGCUGAAGAACAUAAUAAGCGUAACGAAUGGGAACCAAAGUACUUCAAGGGUCUGGGUACUUCUGACAAAUCCGAUGCGCGUAAAUACUUUAGCAACUUGGAUAUUCACAAAAAAGAAUUCAUUCCUCCGGAUAAGGAAGACCGUGCUUUGAUCGAGAUGGCUUUUAGUAAGAAGAAGGUCACCGAACGUAAAGACUGGUUGACAAAAUAUGAUUCCGGAACUUACCUUGAUCACAGUGUCAGUCGUAUCAAGAUUGCUGACUUUGUCAACAUGGAACUGAUGCAAUUCAGUAUGGCGGAUAACAUUCGUUCGAUUCCUUCGGUUGUUGAUGGUUUUAAACCUGGGCAACGCAAGGUUCUUUUUGGUUCCAUCAAGCGCGGCAAAAACUCGGAAAUUAAGGUUGCCCAAUUGGCAAAUUAUGUCGCUGGUAUAACGCAAUAUCAUCACGGUGAAGCUAGUGUAGCUGCUACUGUGAUUAAUAUGGCCCAGGAUUUCGUGGGCAGUAACAAUAUCAACAUCUUGCAUCCUGCUGGUCAGUUCGGCUCACGUCAUGAAGGUGGCAAAGCUGCGGCCAGUCCUCGUUAUCUGUUCACCCGUUUAACGAAAAUUGCGCGAUAUAUCUUCCAUCCUGACGAUGAUGAAGUGCUUGAAUAUCUCAUUGAAGAAAGCAAGUCCAUUGAACCCAAGUGGUAUAUGCCUAUCUUGCCCAUGGUUUUGGUCAACGGUGCGGACGGUAUCGGCACGGGCUGGAGUACGACCAUUCCCAAUUACAAUCCCAAGGAUAUUGUCGAUAAUCUGAUGCGCAUGAUGAACGAUGAGGAAGUUGUGUCUAUGAAGCCGUGGUUCAGAGGAUUCAAGGGUGACAUCAUUCCUUCUGGCAGCGGCAAAUACACAGUGAACGGUAUCGCCAGCGUCGAGGGAGACGGAAAGGUUAAAGUGACCGAAUUGCCUGUGCGUUUAUGGACCGAUAACUUCAAGGACCAUUUGGAACUCUUGCGUGAGCCCAAGGAUAAGAAGCCCGAGGUCGUUAUUCUGGAUUAUUCCAAUAACUCCACCGACAGUGCGGUAGAAUUCACCAUUGACAUGGAUAACACCAACUUGAACAAGGCGGAAGACAUUGGAUUAUUGAAGGUGCUCAAGAUCACUUCUUCGAUUUCCACAAACAACAUUGUGUGCUUUGAUAAAGAUGGAAAGAUCAAGAAGUAUGAGACUCCGGAGCAAGUAUUACGUGAAUUUUACGAUUUGCGACUUGAGUAUUAUCAGUUGCGCAAGAACCAUCUGAUCUAUGUCUUGCAAGACGAAUACGAUCGCUUGGACAACAAAUCUCGCUUCAUUGAGUUGGUAUUGAAUGGUGACCUUGUUUAUCACAAUCGAAAAGAAGAAGAUGUUAUUGCCGAUAUGCAAACGCUUGGUUUGAAGCGUAUUUAUCCACGCAAGAAGAAGAACGUGCUUGUGACGGAAGAUGAUGAAGGCAAUCAGUUGGAUACGGCAGAAGGACAGGAUAGUGGUUAUGAUUAUCUGUUCACUAUCAGUGUUCGCGGAUUCACUACUCAAAAGGUUGCCGACAUGCGUCACCAACGAGAAUCCAAACUAAAUGAAUUGGAGACUGUCAAAGCGACCAGUCCCAAAGACUUUUGGCGACAAGAUUUGAAUGCAUUCUUAGAACAAUGGGAGGCCAUUCUUGCUGAAGACGAAAAAUUGGCGCAGCAAGCCAAGCCAUUGGCAAGUGCCAAAACCACCAAGCGCAAGCGAGGCCCUCCUAAAGCUAAAGCGCCCAAAGCGCCAAAGAAAGAAGCAGAGGACUAAAGAUCUGAAAUCGAUCGCUAUUCUUCUUUAAUCCACGCCACUCAAACCUUCUUUCAUCCGCUAUUGAAAGCAUUGAUCAACAAAAUAAAGUCGCCAUUCUUUUUUAAGUUAACAGUAUAAGAUAGGCUAGCCGCUGUAUGUUUUUCUGAUGGUUGUAUAAGUAAUUGUUCUCAUGAAUGGC